UUUUAAUCCUCUUCCUCUCUCUAAGUCACUUCACUUCAUACAAACCAACAUUUGAAAAAUUAAACAAAUGCAGCUAAAGCAGCCAUAGCCAAUUCUCUCUCUAAUUUAUCUCUCAUUUACCCAUGCAUCUCUUCCAAAAAUCACUGAUCUAAAAAUCCUUCGUCAAAUUCAGCUCAAUCUAACUUCUUAAUUUUUUUAAUUCGCCAAAAAAUUUGAUCAAUUUGAAGUCAAAUCAGUAAACCUCAGAUCGCAGUAACACAGUGUGACGUAUUGUGAUUUUUAGCUUUACGAAGUACAAGAGAAUUUCUAUAAAUGGAAAGUGCAAAAUCGAAGCUAAGAUUGGGAGUAGUAAUCGCAAUAACUGCAGUAAUUGGUAUAGUAGGAUUAUACGGCUUAUUGAAACCAAUUCAAAAUGGUUGUACUAUGACUUACAUGUAUCCUACUUACAUUCCGAUUUCGGCGCCGAAGAAUUUAUCGUCAAAUAAGUAUGGAUUGUAUUUGUAUCAUGAAGGAUGGAAGAAAAUUGAUUUUGAUCAGCAUCUGAAACAGCUUAAUGGUGUUCCUGUUUUGUUCAUUCCUGGUAAUGGUGGAAGCUAUAAGCAGGUUCGUUCAAUCGCAAAAGAGUCCUAUUGGGCUUAUACCUCAGGGCCAUCUGAACAUACUUACUAUAAGGAAGCUUCCCUAAGCCACAAGGAUGGGGACAUUGGUGCAGCUAAUAUUUCUCUACCCAAUCAAUAUGCUUCAAUGCUGGACUGGUUUGCUGUGGAUUUGGAAGGUGAACAUUCUGCCAUGGAUGGUGGGAUCCUGGAAGAGCAUGCAGAAUAUGUUGUAUAUGCAAUUCAUCGGAUAUUGGAUCAAUAUAAAGAGUCUAUUGAUGCUAGAACUAAGGAAGGUACUGCUGUCUACGGAACUUUGCCAAAAAGUGUUAUAUUAGUUGGUCACUCCAUGGGCGGUUUUGUUGCUAGAGCUGCUACUGUUCACCCAAAUUUACGAAAAAAAGCCGUUGAGACAAUUGUUACUCUUUCAAGUCCACACCAAACCCCUCCUGUCGCGUUGCAGCCAUCUUUGGGCUAUUACUACGCUUCCAUAAAUCAGAAAUGGCAAGAAGGAUAUCAUCUCCAAGUCUCUAAUGCCCGGAGUUAUGCAUCACAUCCUAUGCUUUCUCAUGUUGUUGUGAUCUCAAUUUCUGGGGGAGUCAAUGAUUAUCAGGUGCGGUCAAAGUUAGAAACUCUUGAUGGCAUUGUUCCUCCCUCUCAUGGCUUUAUGAUCAGUAGUACAGAGAUGAAAAAUGUGUGGUUGUCAAUGGAACACCAGGCAAUCUUAUGGUGUAAUCAACUUGUUGUCCAAGUGUCACAUACACUUCUUAGUUUGGUGGAUCCAGAAACAGGGAAUCCGUUCACUGAUACACAAAAAAGACUGGCAAUAUUUACAAAGAUGCUUCAUGGUGGCCUUCGACAUAGUUCUGACUUUGUAGAGGAAUCAUAUGCGCAUCAAAGAAAUUUGGAAAUUAAUGGAGAUGGAAGGCAUUCUCUAGGUGCUUGUCCCAAAAAUAUUCAAUGGGAUACGGACAGUCUUGAGAGAGAUCUUUAUAUUCAGACACCUACAGUCACUGUCUUAGCAAUGGAUGGCAGGAGACGGUGGUUGGAUAUACAGAAGCUGGGUUCGAAUGGGAAAAGCCAUUUUGUACUAGUUUCAAAUCUUUCUCCGUGCUCUGGGGUUAGAAUUCAUCUCUGGCCUGAAAAACAAAAAUCUUUUUCCAACUUGCCUCUGAGCAAAAGAGUUGUAGAAGUGACUUCAACAAUGGCCCAAAUUCCUUCAGGACCAGCACCAAGGCAGAUCGAACCAGGGAGUCAAACAGAGCAGCCUCCUCCAUCUGCUGUUUUUUGGCUAAGCCCUGAAGCUAUGCAGGGAUUCAGAUUUAUAACUAUUUCAGUUGCUCCUCGGCCGACUGUUUCUGGGAGACCUCCACCUGCAGCUUCAAUGGCCGUUGGUCAAUUCUUCAAGCAUGAAGAGGGGGUUAAGACAUUUUCUCCAUUGUCAUUGCUUAAGUCGGUCUAUUCGCAAAAUGAAAUAUUGUUUAAGGAGGAUCAUCCAAUCGCUCUUAAUCUGUCCUUUACCAUCAGUUUAGGCCUAUUGCCCGUCACAGUGUCUCUAAAAACAACUGGCUGUGGAAUAAAAAAUUCUGAGCUCUCAGCUCAAAAAGAUGAGGAUGCUGAAAACAGCCGGCUUUGCAAGAUGCGAUGUUUUCCAGCAGUGGCCCUUGCUUGGGAUAGGACAUCUGGUCUCCACAUAUACCCAAAUUUGAUUUCGGAGACAGUAACAGUAGAUUCUGCCCCAGCACUCUGGAAUUCAGCCCAGGGAUCAGAGAAAACCACUGUUAUGUUGCUGGUUGAUCCUCAUUGUGCCUACAAAGCCAGCUUUUCUGUUUCUGCCACUGCUGCUGCUAGCAGAUUUCUUCUUCUGUACUGUUCUAAGAUAGUUGGUCUUGCAGUUGCCAUAGUGUUCUUUGCUCUCAUGAGGCAAGCGCAUGCUUGGGAGCUUGGCAUGCCCAUUCCCUCAAUGCUGACAGCAGUUGAGUGCAACAUGAAGCUGUCUUCAUUUCCUCUAUUGACCGCAGCUCCUCUGUUAAUCCCUUUGGUGCUCUCAGUCCUUCAAUUCCAUCCUAUUCCCUCCAUCUCAAGUUUUAUUGUUGUAUCUCUUGCCUGUUACAUGGUUGCAAAUGGCCUCAUUGUUGUUCUGGUAUUGAUCUCACAAUUUGUUUUCUACAUCAGCGCUUUUGCUCAUGUUUUCUUCAAAAAUAGGUUGCAAGUGUGUAAAGGGUCCUUUUGUUUAUCCUUUCUCCAACAAAUUAUUGAUCUGGUCUCCAGGGUAUCUACAAUUAAGGUGGUGAGAGUUGUCAGAUCUAAUCCUGCACUCAUGACAAUCUUGGUAGCAAUUGUUCUGGUGUGCUUUGUUCAUCCGGCAUUAGGCUUGUCAAUACUGUUAAUAUCGCAUUCUUUUUGCUGCCAUAGUGCACUGUGCAGCUAUCUGACAGCUUCCUAUCGCAGCAGAGCACAAAGGAAGGAAUCAUUGAAAGAUAAAGAUUAUGAUCGGAUGGAUCAGUAUGCUAAUCAGCGCAUUGGACGGUCAAAACGUUAUUUGCCUUUAGAAGAGAAUCAUAACAAUACCGGCGGAUCUCCUAAUAGCUUCAGUGACAUACAAUUGGAGAUCUUCCACCAGAGACAUGGGCUACUGAUCUUACAUCUUCUUGCAAUGCUAAUGUUUGCUCCUUCAUUUGUAGCUUGGUUGCAGAGAUUAGGAAUAGGUCAGAACUUCCCAUGGUUUUUGGAUUCAGUGUUGUGCGUUGGUGUCAUACUACACGGCAUCUGUGAUUCAAAUCCAGAAUUUAAUUUCUUCGUCUAUCAUAUCCCUGGUGUACGUGGUCUUGAAGUAAGAUUGAGUUACGUCUACCUGCUUGCUGGGUACUUUUCAUUUUUGUCUGGCCUGGCAUUGGCUCCGUACAGAGUGUUCUAUGCCAUGGCUACUAUCGGAGCACUUUCACUUGCGUUCAGAAUAGUCCGAAGAAAGAGCAGAGAAAAGGGAGAGGCGAUUUUUAAUAGCCGGAAGCACUCUCAUCGGCACUAGUACUCCUUUUUGCCUCAUUGUAUUUGUUUUUGUAGGUAGUUUCUGUACGUUGAUUGUUAGCCUAAGAGUUCAUGCAGCAGUUUUGCAAGUUUAUUCUCAUAGGCACGGUAUAUGAUUUUGAUUUUUUAAUUCAUGAAAAAUGUGGAUAAAAUCGUGAUAUAGAACUGAUUGACAAAGUGCUAAUCUGAUAUCACUUUUUUCUUUGAGAAA